AUUUAAUCUCCAGCCUGUUUCCGGGAUAACUGACUGUACAGUAACGACAGUAGAGUGUUAUUUUGCUAUAUUGGUGCACGAAGAUAAAAUGUCUCCCACAAACAAAAGAGCCUGUACGAGCCCUCUGAAUGACAGUUUGGAGAAAAUAAUUAAACGAAUCUCCAUUGAAGGCAAUAUUGCCGCGGGCAAAUCCACGUUUGUUCGGCUGUUAGAGGAGCAUAACAGAGAGUGGGACGUAGUACCAGAACCCAUCGCUAGAUGGUGCAAUGUACAAACUCACCAUGAUGAACAUGAGGAGUUAACCACCUCUCAGAAGAGUGGAGGAAAUGUUCUGCAGAUGAUGUACGAGAAGCCAGAGCGCUGGGCGUACACCUUCCAAAGUUACGCCUGCAUGAGUCGUGUCCGCUCCCAGAUAAAAUCCACCAAUGGGAAACUCAGAGAGGCGGAGAAUCCAGUGCAGUUUUUUGAACGAUCCGUGUACAGCGACAGGUAUAUCUUUGCCUCUAACCUCUAUGAGAGCGAGUGUGUGAAUGACACAGAGUGGGCAAUUUAUCAGGACUGGCACAGCUGGCUCCAUAAACAGUUUGGAAAGCACAUUGAACUGGAUGGCAUCAUUUAUCUGCGGGCAAAACCAGAGCGGUGUUUGGAGCGACUGCAUUUGAGAGGAAGAGAAGAAGAACAGGGAAUUCCACUGGAAUAUCUGGAGAAACUUCACUAUAAACACGAGUGCUGGUUACAGCACAGGACUAUGAGUAUGGAGUUUGAGUAUCUGAAUGAAGUGCCGGUUCUUACUCUGGAUGUCAAUGAUGAUUUCAAAAACAACAACAUUAAGUGUGCUGAUAUGAUCGAGAAGGUAAAAGAAUUUCUGAGCAAUCUGGGAUUGUGAAGAGAAAUGGUGCUUAUCCUUUGUUUUAAAUACAUUAUUGCUUUAUGUGUGUUUUUACUUCCUUGUGAAUUCAAUAAUGACUAAUGGUGAUUGCUUAUUUCUCUUUUAAUGGAUUAAACGCCCAAAAAUCAAAAUUGCCAUCAUUCACUUACCAUCAUGUUAUUUCAAACUGAUAUGACUUUCCUCUGAGCAUUACAAAAGGAAAUGUGAGGCAAAAUGUUAAUCUCAGUGACCUUUUUUAUUUAUUAUUAUAUGGAAAUAAUAUGCAAUGGAAGUAAAUGGUGACUGAGGCUGUCAGUCCUUAAUAUGGCGCCUAACGUCUCCUUCCACAGGAAAAGGAAAGUCAUACGAGUCUGAAACAACAUGAGAAACAAAAAAUGUUUCUUCAUUCGCCCUGCUCGUCUUCUGACAAAGAUGCUCAGGUGUGUUGUAAUAUUCCAGAACGCCCAGUUGGUGUUGUAUCUCUACACCCCAGUGAAAUUUACGAGUAUGAGUAAAUUUAGAAACAGUUAAUAAGGAAAUUAUUAUUCCUUGAAUUUUGAUAGUAAUCAUUUCUCACCAUAAAUUGUAAAGAACUGAGUCAAUCUCAGUCAUUGUUCAGGAUUUUUGAUUACACAACACCUCUUUCAUAAUAAUUGUUGAAUUGCGAAAGAAGUAAAACUUGUAUUUGUUGGAACAACAUUUAGGUAAAUGUUGAAUAAGUAUACAAUACCAAACUUUGCAAGUAUCGAGAAAAUGUUUACCUUUCAGGGUUUGUACUGUUAUGGAAAUCAAAGGAUUGUUAAAAUUCAUGGAAAUCUCUAUCGUCAGUAUAAAUGUUUCUAGUUUUGUUUUACUCGGGAGCUCACAGAGCUCCUCAAUUAAACUGCAUUCUAGUAAAAGGGACAGGGGUUUUAUUGUGUAUUUUUGGAGAUAUUUCUACUCAAAGAAGUAUAAUUGUUUCAUAUAUUAUUUCCAAGGAAUGGUAACCGACAUAAAGGAGUAAAUCAGCCCCAGCAAACUCUAGUAAAUGUUUAUAUAUAUAUAUAUAUAUAUAUACAUAUACUGGCGGCCAAAAGUCUAAAAUAAUGUACAGAUUUUGCUGUUUCGGAAGGAAAUGUGUACUUUAAUUUACCAAAGUGGUAUUCAACUGAUCACAAAGUAUACUCAGGACAUUACUGAUGUAAAAAACAGCACCAUCACUAUUUGAAAAAAGACAUUUUUGAUCAUACACACACAUAUAUAUAUAUAUAUAUUAGUAAUCAGGAAUGACUGAAAAAGUAAAAAAGAUAAUCAUUGGUCAAAAAGGUGUGGAUACACUGACUCUUAAACAAUGUGUUUGCAUAAUAUGUUGUGGCUGAAGAUGCCUACAAUUUCUAAAUUACUUAAAAAGCAAGUAAUUUCUGUUAUUCUAAAAUACAAUUUUCUUGCAAUGUGUUUAUGUCACUGAAUAACCAAUAAACUUUCCAAUUGUUCC